AGCACGAGGCCAAGCUUAAGACUCCCAAGUCAUUCAUUGCGCAUAACCCAAAAUUACUCCCAGCAAUAAAACCAGAUAUUGGCUGGUAGAGGCUCGCACGAUGGCUACGGACUCAUCGUCCAUUUCUGUCUGCGUCCGUGUACGUCCAUUCACGAUCAGGGAGGCAGCACAGCUUGCGAAGAAUGAUGACGGACCACUGUUCCUCGGCGAUGGCUCGCUGGCGGGCGUCCCGACUCCAAAACUUUCCGUAAAGGGGAUACGUUCUGUAAUCAAAGUAGUAGACGAGAAGUGCCUAGUAUUCGACCCGCCAGAAGACAACCCCGUACAGAGAUUUUCGAAGUCGAUCGUGCCUCAGGGCAAGAAGGUCAAGGACCAAACAUUCGUGUUUGAUAGAGUGUUUGACGAGCACACAACGCAAGAGGAUGUUUAUGAGGCCACGACCAAGCCACUCCUUGACAGUGUGCUUGAUGGCUAUAACGCUACUGUCUUCGCGUAUGGUGCGACGGGCUGUGGCAAAACACACACCAUCACGGGUACUGCUCAGCAACCGGGUAUCAUCUUUCUCACGAUGCAAGAACUGUUUGAUCGGAUAAAAGACCUACAAGAGGAGAAGCACAUCGAGACAUCGCUUUCUUAUCUCGAAAUAUACAACGAGACAAUUCGCGACUUGUUAGUAGAGGGUGGCAGCAAACAAGGUCUCAUGCUACGCGAGGACGCCAAUCAGGCUGUUUCAGUUGCAGGCUUGUCGAGCCACAGUCCUAAGUCUGUUAACGAAGUCAUGGAAAUGAUUGUUCGAGGUAACGAAUACCGAACCAUGUCUCCUACAGCAGCCAACGCCACUUCCUCGCGAUCACACGCUGUUCUGCAAAUCAACGUCUCCAUGAAGGACAGAAACGCGGACAUCAAUGAACCACACACGAUGGCCACACUCAGCAUCAUUGAUCUUGCUGGCAGCGAACGUGCAAGUGCGACCAAGAACCGUGGCGAGCGCUUAAUCGAAGGUGCGAAUAUUAAUAAGUCUCUUCUUGCGCUUGGCAGCUGUAUCAAUGCGUUGUGUGAUCCGCGGAAACGCAACCACAUUCCGUAUCGCAAUUCAAAACUUACCCGACUUUUGAAAUUCUCGUUGGGAGGCAACUGCAAGACCGUCAUGAUCGUUUGUGUCAGCCCUUCAAGCAUGCACUUUGAUGAAACUCAGAACACGUUACGAUACGCCAAUCGUGCUAAAAACAUUCAGACAAAGGUCACUCGAAACGUCUACAACGUCAACCGUCAUGUGAAGGACUUCUUGAAGAAGAUCGAUGAGCAAAGAGCGCUCAUUGAUGAGCUCAAAGCCAAAGAAAAGGACUACGAAAGUGUUGCUUUCGCCAAAUUCCGGAAGCAGCUCGAUAAGCGCGAGCAGAUCUCCAGAGAAGGUAUUACGCGCAUUCGCAAUGCCUACGAUCAUUCCGCAGCAGAGCGUCAAGAACGCGUGUCGAUGAUGAAGAAGCUUCGACAGAUUGAGCGAAGAAUAUCUCUCAUCUCAGCAUGGGUUGCAGGGUUUGACACCACCUGCGAGGCUCGCGAUGAGGAAGAGCCGCCCCAAAGCUUAGUUGCGAUGCGCAAAACUGCAAAGGGAAUCCUCACUGAGCUGGAAAGCAGUAGGCAACACUAUCAUCAACGACUAGCAAAGUUCAAUUGGGAGCGAGCACUUGACACAGCUUUGCAGACGGGUAUUCGUCAGCUAAAUGAGGCCGAGGGUGUCAACGACGGUAGCGAAGUCUCAAUGUUGAUCCGAGAAACCGAAUUGCUAAAGUCUAUGGCUGAUCGUGAGGCAUACACCGCAAUUUUAGACCAGGAGAAAGGCGGCGAUGCUCCAAUCGUGCAAGUGCAACUCCAGGCUCAUUUUGAAACCAUUGCUAUUCUAGGGCAGAUCAUGCAGAUGUCCGAGCAAGACGCCAUACAAGCAGCCAAAGAUAUGCUUGGGCAGCUGAUCAAUAGUUGUUCUUCGGCAGCCUCACAAGUUAUCAGACCCGAUGGAGGUUUACCCGUCACGGAGAAGUUCGAGCCUCGCAGGCAGGGAACACCAAAACAACGCAAGACUGCCUCCUUGCUCGGUCCAUCACCGUUGCGAGCUGUCCCACGGCUAGAUCUUCAGCCGGAACCUAUUUCCUCUACCACCUCUUCGCCCCUGAAGCCGACCCCAAGGAGGGCAGUGGUUUUCGUGAAAAGUAGUCCGAAAAAAGCCGUCCGCAUUGGCACGCCAAAGCGGAAAGCUCCCUCGAGGGCGGCAAAGGGCGGUGUACGAUGGCGAGACGAAACGGACAAUCAGACCUUGGCUGAUUAUGACGCGACGCCUAAGGCAAUCGAUACGACCCCAGAAGCCUCGUCAGUAGAGUCUAUUCCACCCCCUCCGGUAUUUUCUGCACCUGCGAAGCGCAACUCAUCCUCACCAAUCCCGACACCACCAGAGGUAUCGACGGAGAUAAGGUCGCGAAAUAGCAGGUUUCAGGCCGGUUUCUUGUCGAAGAAAGCCGAGGGUUCUCCUCUUGCAGCGCCUCCAGUCACAGCAUCGUCACUCAAUUUCUCUUCUGACUCUGACACUUCACCAUUGCGAGAGAUUGAAUUGAACAGAGUCCCGCAGGCCAGUCCUCUAAGCAUGGUGCAGAACAACCCAUCUGAUGUCAUUCCAUCAGAUAGCGCAGGGUCGUCAGGCUCAGAGGAUGAGACCUCCAAGUCACAGUGGCCGAUAGAUGUGGCUGAUGCUCAGAAGGUUCGCUCGGUACUAAAACGCUCGUCUUCCAACGCAAGCAGCAGCGCGAUUAGGGCUCAGCGGCGACGAAGUCCAACGGCUGCCUCUUCGACGGGCUCACCGCCAAACGAGAAUGCCCUAUUCAGCGCAAGUCAGGCGAGGCGUAUGGGUAACAACAGCGCCGAUGCUGGGUGGAAAAAUAGCGUUUUGAGUCCACGAUCGGCUCCUGUUGUCAAAAAUAGUGGCACUAGACGGACAACCGUGUCUGCUGGCGAUAUUGGAGAGCGCAAUGGGAGCUUGAGGGCAGCGCCUGUACGAAUGAGCACAAGCACUGUGCCUGCCGGUGGCAGGACCAGCCUGGCGAAUACGAAGAGUGCAUGGCGUUAAGCUUCUUCUUGAACGACGAGAUUUUAUUAUUCAACUUUGUCAUACUACUUCCUUUGGGCCAGGUGCGGCUGCGUUCACUUUUGAGCGGGAUGCGUUUUGGAGUUUUCAAGUUUUCGGGGAAAGGAGUGCCGGAUUUUCCUUUAUCAUUGCAUAGCAUAGCCAUCAGGUCGUGCAUUUGUACCUUCAAACCUUCAUGGACGCUUGAACGAACAAUUCAGAAGACCAGUUGUCACUCCAUGAAUGCACUAGUGUUUCAGCACUUUAUUUAAG